CUCAGUUACGCCUCCCCACACAAAAAUGGCGCCUUCAAAGGCGACCGCCGAGUGCCCGAUGCGCCGCCGCGGCACUUCCCGGAACUGCUCGCUUCCCUCGGGCGCCGGCGGCAGCGCCUCCGACUCCCCGCUCCUGGUGUCGAACACAAAGACCUCCAUGGGGGGCAGGGGGCUGCCUAGCGCCCGCAGCUGAUCCCCGCGCCGCGGCACGUAGCCGCCGAACGUAAACACGAGAGGCCCCACCGCGGCCGACGCGUGCCCGAAGCGGGGCGGUCCCCCCAACGCCACGUCCUGCCACAUUGGCUCGCUCGUUCACGCCCGGGUGGGCGGCCAACUAAGCGUUGGGGCUCGCAACCCUCGUGGUGAGUGCUGUCAUCUGUGGAUCGGCUCGCUCACUCAAGCUCUCAGCCGAUUAAUAUACGUACUUAAUCUCACUACCCGCGCUAUUUUGGUUGAAACCAAUUAUGUUUUAAUUUUUAUUUAUAGAUUAGAAUUUUUUUGAGUGGCUGUUUUUUCUCUAAAUGUAAAUAAUGUAGUGUAAUUAUUUUUUUUAAAUGACACAUUAUUUUAUUGUAUUAUAUUUUCAUCCUAGGCAGGAUAUCCUAAAAGUUAUUGUCAAUUUAUUACAUCAAGAGGACGAUACAUAGCAUUUGAUCUCACUGUUUUGGACCAUUUUCAUUCCUCGAAACGUCAUAGCUCCAUCUCCCUCUCCACCACCUCUGACCACCGCAUAGUCUGAUGUAGUAAUAUUGCCACUCGUUCGAGCGCAGCACUGUGGCGGAGCUCAGCAAUGUAAAACGUACAGAUUAACUCAUUAGUGGGAAUGGGAACACAAUUAUCCAACGAAAGCUUCAAUAUAAAAUAUUAAGUCACUACAGAUCUCCCAAUUGGAUUACCGGGUCCCAGUUGAUCGCUGUCAAUUUGGUGAACAUAUCACUCGGAGUAUACAAGUACAUUGGACAAUUUAUGUUUUCUGUCGGCAAAAAAUUGAACCAGGGAGAUAUUGUUUAUCUUGAUAAAUUGCCUGUCUGAAAUGUUUCCCCAUCUACCAGUGGAAUUAUAUAAGACUUGUAAUGUCAUUUGCUAAUCUACUUUUUUAAUGUACGAGGUACCUACACUAAUUUGAGCGUAAUUGCACUGGGGAAGUUGUAUCAACAAUAGACAGCAUAUAUAACCUGUAUUUAGCGCCUUGAGUUUCGUAGGAGUUCAUAAUGAGGUUCCGUUUCUGUGGAGACUUAGAUUGCCCAGAUUGGAUUCUUGCAGAAAUUAACACCUUGGCAAGAAUGGUUUGACGCGCCUUCUGCCCCGUGCCGCAGGACUCGGUUGCGCUGCUGCAAGGCUGUCAUCGAGGGCGCGUCUGGAGCACGGAGGACGGCUUAACCUGGGCGCUCCAGCCCAAGUGUCUGGUGAGGAGCUUUGCCCUUCCUGCGCGUGAAGCCCAUCAAACUGGCAACUUCAAGCUCUGGUCAAACAGCCGCUGCGCACGCCCGGUGUACACGACGUUCGCUGCGGCGCAACGCCAUGGCCAGGGGCUGGUGUUUGAGGCCGACCUGGCCACCAAGGAGCACGUCAGCCACUGGGUGCUGCAGGGCGUCUGCCUCGUGCUCAACACCGACU